GGAAAGACCGUGCUUGAUCUCGACAGAUACCUGGGCCAGCGCGUCACCGUCAAGUUCUCCGGUGGACGCGAAGUUACGGGCCUGCUCAAGGGCUACGAUACUCUGGUGAAUCUCGUGCUCGAUGAGACCAAGGAAUUUUUGCGAGACCCGACCGACCCCUACAAGCCGUCUGUGCGCACGCGAGGACUGGGCCUGACGGUGUGCAAGGGCAGCUCGGUGAUGCUCAUCUGCCCGGUCGACGGCACCGAGGAGAUCCCCAACCCGUUCCUCAAGAGCGAAGAGCAGAUCUGA